AUGAUACUACCUUUAGUCGGAGUUAUUUAUCUACAUACUAUAAGUUUAACCUUCGGUAAGUUCACAACUUAUGCAACAUCAUUUAUAUAUAAAAGUUGAUAAUAUAUAACACAAUUUAGCUUACAACAUCAAAACAAACGACUUGAACAUCCCUGACCCUAUAGAAGUACCAAAAUCAAACUAUAAACUCUAUGAAGCUUACGAUUACUACUCAAACGCUUUAAAAGCAACAGCUAACCUAAAGGCUUCGCCGUGCAAUAACUUUUAUAAUUACACUUGUGAACAUACGAACGUUGCUAGUUUUUUGGCUGUAAUCAAUGACGAUAACACAGAAGCGAUCUUACGUGGAAUAAAAACUGAAAGAGUAAGCAAAUCGCAUAAGAUUUUGUUUAAAUUACAAUGUAAGAACCUUCAAAAAGCUUUUUUUAGAACACAACAUGGUACAAAACUUUCAAAGCUCGCUAUGAGAAUUGCCUAAAGUUAUACGCAACUCCAGAAAAUAUGCAUCAAAACGGAAAAAUACUACAAAAAAUCUACAAAGAAAUUGACGAUGAAUUUGGAUCUAGCUUUCCAUUGUUUGACAAGACUUCAAACCUCAACUUUGGCUCUAACAGCCUAGGAGAAUUGAUUGGAUACUUGGCCCAAAAGUUCAGACUCAACACUUUCUUGAGCUACGAGAUCCAAGGAACCCAUCUAGCUUUGUCUGAACCUCAACUAGCCUUCCCAAACGUUUACUUUGUCAACUCUUUUGACAAGUUUGAAGCUGAAUACAAGGCUUCGGUCAGAGAUUACUUGACUCAAUUGGCUGAAGCUUUGAACGUUCAGUUAGAUGAAGCUGAACUGACUCAGACCAUCGACGAAGUUGUCAAGUUUGAAAAAGAGUUAGCCGAAGUUCUCAACACUGUUGAAGAAGAAACUCCAAUCACAUUGGAAGCUGCCGACCUUGCUACUGCUUCUUUAUCAAUCAACGUCAACGCCUUCUUUGCUAGAAUCUCGAAAAACUUCAAAAAGUCUAAACUUUUGAAUUCCAAAGACUUUGAUAUUCAUGUUACAGCUCCAGCUCAACAGACUUUGGUCCAAAUGUUCAUCAGCCAAUCCAACCCCAAGACCGUUCUGAACUACCUGAACAUCAGGUUGGCCAGAAGCUUGAGACAAUACUACAUGAGAAAACCAAAAGAAUGCAAGGCUGAUCAAUGGCUGAGAGAAGGCAAAGGAGUAAAAGCUACUGGAUUCGCUCCUCCGCCACCAGAAGUUGACGUUUACCCCGAGGCAACGUAUCCGGAAAUACGUUGCGUUAUAUUUGCUAAGUCUUACCUUCAACCAUUUACAGAUAGAGUGUAUUUAGAUGAUCGACUGCCUGAUAUGAAGUUACGGAGAGAAUUUGUAGAGCGGAUUUCAAACUUGACACAUAACAUAAUCAAUGGCUUUAAGGUAAGGAGAACUACCUUUAUAACACACUUUUAGCAUCUAAACAUAAUCAUUAAAACUAUAUUUAAUAACAUACCAAAAAAUUAAAAGUUUUACCUAUUUCAGUACCAGAUCGACCAACUUACUUGGUUCACUCAAAAGUCAAAACAAGGCGCAUAUAAAAAGAUUGACGCCUUAUUAUACAACAUUGUCUAUGACAAGUGGUUAGAAGACGACAACCGUCUUGACGACAUAGCAAAAGACCUUAACCUUGACGAACAAGACGAUUUUUAUACCCAAACUCAAAAGCUGAAUAAUAUAAUCCAAGCUAGACAAUGGGCCAAUCUUUUCAAAAAAGAUCGCAACUCAGACUUUACAACGACAAUCACGAUGGUUAACGCAUGGUACAACAGAAAUAUGAAUCACUUUUUCAUACCUUUAGGCAUUCUACAGCGACCUUUGUUCGACAUUAACUAUCCAGCAGCUCUACAAUACGAUGGUAUCUCCUAUAUCAUUGGCCACGAACUUACCCAUGGCUUUGACUCUAAUGGAGUCAAAUACGAUGGUGAAGGAGAGAUGAACCCUUGGAUGGACAACGAAUCGACCCUCAACUUUAAUAAAAUGGCAAAUUGUGUUAUCAAUGAAUAUAACCGGCUUCACGGUAGAGGAAAGAACACUCAAACAGAAGAUAUAGCUGAUAAUGGAGGUAUUAGAGCUGCAUACAAUGCCUUCAAGUCAGAACAAAGUCUUUAUGGACAAGAUUUACAGAUUCCCGGAGCUCCUUUCAAUCAUCUAAAUCAGGAUCAACUAUUCUUCUCUGGAUUUGCUCAUCUUAUGUGCUCUAACAACCCAAAACCGUCGUACAGCUAUGAUGUACAUUCACCAUGGUUAUACCGUGCAUGGGGCACUCUACAAAACUUCCCAGCUUUCAGGACGGCCUAUAACUGUCCAGCUGGAUCAGAGUAUUCUCCAGUCGAACACUGCAAUGUCUGGGCUUAA